UCAAAUCCAAUACAACCGUUUUCUGCUUCGCACUUUUGUAUAAGUUAUUUUUGUUUUAUUCUGAGUUUAAAAUUGCAUCUAUUUUUACGGGAAGGGAGUGAAUAUAUUUUCCAUAGUCGCCAAGGUCACAUUUUGUGUGUUUGUCGUGUGUGGCGGAACAUAUAACGGCUGUUGCCCUUUAGGGCGAUUUGUUUAACUUGGACUUGAAGCGUGAUCAUGAGUGCAUUUGCGGUGUCGAUAACUCCGACGCGAGUGAAAAAGAAACCCCCCAGGAAUGAGAAUCGGGAGCCCGUCCCCGUGGUCAUGGCCCCGUUUUCGGGCAAAUCAAUUGUUGUGUUUGAGGAUGUUCCUGUUUCGAAGACUGCGAAGCGAGUUUUGGUUGUAACGAACCCAACAGAUGAGCAGCUGGAGGUAAUUCUUACCAAACCCUUCCGGCCUGAGCUCAAUAUUUCUGUCGCGUGGCAAAGGAACGAGAUUCCACCCCAAGGCAGCACAAACAUGGAACUCGUCUGGACCCCAUUGGAGGCGAUAGCAAGUAGCGAGAGCAUUCAACUGACAGACAACCGUAACUUCCGGAAAGACGUUAAUGUCGUUCUGAAGUCGAUUAGUAAAUUGCCCGGGAACAAGAGUGGGGCGUCGCGCUACCCUAGCUUGUCGAGCGGCCCUGCCAAGCAACCCCCGAAAAUGUUUAAAUCUGCCAGUUCACAUACAAUAACGAACUCCACAAUGAGGUCGCAACCUCUUUCAAAAAUCUCAAAGUCUGACAUGAAUAUCUCAAAGCCAACUAGUCGAAAUGACGACAGAUCUCACAAUCCCGCGUACUUCGAAAGGGGAGAAACAAUAGAAGCGGCAUUCAACCCCAAAGUUGAAGAAUGGUCCGCCGGGAAGGAGAACGUGAGCCCAGAGACGCCAAAAAACGCCUCUGAUCUCUUUGACAAAUUCAAAUUCACUCCUGCGACUGAAACAAAGUCGAAGCAGACCAGCAACCUUGAAAUUCUCUCUUCAAUGCCGACGCCUGUGUUCAAGACAAAAUCUGAAAAGAAAAGUGUAGAUGAGGAUGAGGGCGUUUCCUGUGGCAUCAACCCGCGACGUCUAGUAGACAAUAUGGUGGGAAGCGUGGAGAAACCAGGUCGUCAAGAAACACCCAGAAAGCCCUGUCGAUGGACUCCAAAAAUUGUCCGCCAUUCAUGUACCCCAUCUCCGACUGAAAAACACGCAAAAGAAUCGUCACAAAGCAGGUUCGACCCAGCUGUUGUUUCCACCAUUUCCAAACGCGUUACUCCUGAACGAUCUGGAUCGGCCUCCCCGCAGAACAUCAGUGAAGGGAGACGGAAACUGUUUAGCAACCAGACAACAUCUUCUGGGACAAUUAACAAAACGUUCGAAGUCCCCAGUAAAUCAACGGAUUCCCUCGACAGUGGCGAGGGCUCCAGUGAAGAUGUGCUCGCUGUGAUUAAUAAAACUGCUACCAUAUCAACGUCUCAGUCCAGAAUUCUCUCCAUUAUUGUUGAGGAGGAAAAAAUAGAAACGACUAAACAAAUAUACGAGAAGACAUUUGACAUGCCUGACGAGCAAUUAUUACGCGACGUCCAUCUGGUGGGAACGCCGCUCCGAAAAGUCUCCGAGUCUAUGAAGGAUAUUUCAUCAAAGAAGCUGAAAAUCGCAACACAAGGGUCUAUGCCAAAUCUGAACGAAAUGGAGGCGAUAAAAUCGAUCGAACAAAAUCGUUAUUAUCUUCCAAUCAAGUCUGAAAUAGAAGAUUCUCCGGAAGCCCUCAAUACAAGCUACGAAAGUAUCCGCAGUAUAAAGAGUACCAUAAGCACGCAGGAGUUGCUUUUUGACCAGCACGAAAUUCUGGCUCAAUCGAGUCGUUUCAACGUCCACGAAUCGACUACGCAAACAAACAGGAGAAAGCCCACUCUGGACCUAAAAUUCAAACCACAGAUAAAAACAGAACCCGAAGACACACAACGUUUUCCCAAACGAGCACGAGAAUCAUCGCUCGAUUCACCGGUGACAGACAAUUUCCUCAGCGUCGGUAUGUACACCCAAAGCACUUGCUUUAUAUCUGUGUCUCCUCCUAAGAGAUCUCGUAUGGAACUGGCAAAUGAACGACCCGGAACUAAGGUUCGUGUCACGAAGUGGAGCGCAACGCAGCCUAAAAAGCUUAAACUGAUCCGACCGCAAAACUCUGCUUCCAAGGCGGUAUUGACCAGACCUCGGGUGAAACUCUACGAUUCGGAAAUGUAUUUGCAGCCGUUUAUUAAUCCAGAUGCGUUUGCAGCGACUACUACCUUUGAUCCAUUCCUAGCAUCCACAAUGUACCUGGACGACCACGCCAUCAAAAGGCAUGAAGAGCAACUCAAAAAAUGGUUAAACGCGCUUGUAGCUCUCCCGGCUGAGUUAGAUACAGACUGCAACAAGAAAAUCGACGUGGGAAACCUUUUCAACGUAGUGAGAAACCAGGAGUUGAUGCUCGCUCCAACGAAGGAGGAGUUGUCCAUGAAUUAUCUCACAAAGUCGAAAAUGGAUUUCCUGCGCAAAUCGGCUGUGAACUUGUACAUGAGCGCGGAGAUGAUAGAGAUCUGCUCCAAAGUGGCCAUCUACAUAAAUAAAAACUCAAUUCAGCUUCGCAAAGACCGCGAUUUGCAUUUGGAUGUUGUUCUGCAACGGUACAUUCUGGAACUGCUUCUGAGCUUCAAUCCCCUCUGGCUCCGUCUUGGGCUAGAAGUCGUCUUUGGCGAAGUAAUCCAUUUACACUCGAACUCUGAUAUUGUGGGCCUGAGCACCUUCAUACUGAACAGACUAUUCCGUGAUCGCUUAGUCGAGCAGAAGCACUCCAGGGCGUACAUUCUGUCCGAGCGUUACUGCGCCUACAUUAAGAAAUUUACUCUACAGAAAUUUUUGUUGUUGCUGUUGUUCUUAGAUAAAGCCAAAAACAAGAAAAUUAUCAAACACAAUCCAUGUCUGUUUGUUUCGAAUGCAAAAUACAAAGAAACCAAAGAAAUCUUGCAACGAUUUUCGUCAGAGCUCCUGGCAAAUAUCGGUGAUAUCACACGAAAUUUGAGGCGCCUUGGCUACGUGCUAACCCACAAACAGACAUACAUAGACGAGUUUAACUACGCAUUCAACAAUUUGGCUAUAGAUUUGCGGGACGGCGUGCGCUUGGCUCGUGUAAUGGAAAUCAUUCUUCUGAGGGAAGACCUAACAUCACAACUACGGGUUCCUGCAAUUUCCCGCACCCAAAAGGCAUUUAACGUAAAUUUGAGUCUGAAAGCUCUGGCCGAAGCGAACUUCACGUUAACUGGAGGAAUUGCUGCAUACGACAUUGUAGAUGGCCAUCGGGAGAAGACAUUGUCACUAUUGUGGCAACUCAUCUACAAAUUCCGAUCACCGAAGUUCCAUGCCGCUGCGACGGUUAUACAACGCUGGUGGCGUAAUUAUUGGCUGAAAGUAGUCAUCAUGCGUAGGAUUCGAAUCAAAAUUGAAAACAGGCGAAAUGAAGCUGCUACAAAGAUACAGUCCAUGUUUCGUGGGUACAUGUCUCGUAUUCAUACAACUGCUUGGAAAAAGCAAAGAAUCGCAAAUGUCCUAAUCCUGCAAAAAUACGUCCGGGGAUUUCUGUGUCGAAGACGUUUCGAGAGGGCUCUCACUAAGGUUGUGCUCAUCCAGCGCUGGUAUCGCGCCGUCAAGAAAACAAAAGCAGAAAGAAUUCGCUACUUGCUGACGGUAACAUCAACAGUUCGCAUUCAAACUUGGUAUCGAAGGAUCAUUCUAUCAAGGAAGCUGAGAUGCGCCGCGGUGGCGGUAGCAGCGAUAAAAAAACAGGCCAAGCUGGAACACAACAAAGCGAUAAUCAUACAACGCGUCUGGAAGUCGGUAACCAUUCGAAGGAAGUUCCGAAUGAUUGUGCAUCAAGUUGUGCGUCAAACCCUUACGCAGAAACUUGAGUACAAAAGUGCGGUUCGUAUUCAGGCGUUCUUCCAGAUGAUCAGGUUCAGAAGAGAGUACACUAUUAAAAAGGAAACGACGAUAAAGAUUCAGCGCGCUUGGAGGCUUUAUAGACUCACUCGAGAGAUUCGAACGCUAUACAUAAGGCAGCGAUUUGCUACAAUAUCCAUCCAGCGAUACUUCAGAGGCUAUUUGGCAAUGAAGACCGAAAAAAAUAAAUAUCAAAAAAUUCGAUCAAGUGCAAUAAAAAUCCAGCGGAAGUUCCGUGCGACACAAAUGGCGGAGCUUGAAAGGCGGCGUUUCCUGCUCCUUAGAGAAGCAACAGCUGUGAUUCAGCGUCGAUUACGCGCAACUUUACUGAUGAGAAGACAGCGCCAAGAAUAUUUACAGUUACAAUCCUCGAUAAAAAUCAUCCAGCAGAGAUACAGAGCUUUGUUACUAAUGAGAAAGUGUCGUGAAAAUUAUCUAACUAUGAAAUCAAGCACUACUAAAAUUCAAAGAAAAUUCCGUGCAACUUUGCUCGCCCGCGAAGUCCGAAUGCGAUUCAUAUCAAUGCAAUAUCAUGCCAUCAUAAUUCAGCAACGUUUACGUGCGAAUCGUUUAAUGAAGCUUGAGAGGGCUAAAUACCUAAAAGUUCGGAAUGCAGUUAUUUGUAUUCAACGCCAACUCCGAGCUACGCUGCUCAUGCACUUGGAGCGACAACGAUUUACAACUCUUAAAAGCGCUGCAGUUAUUUUGCAAGAUCGUUUCAGAGCUCUAUUAAAAAUGAGACGACAAAGACAGGAAUUUUUAGUCUUAAAGUCAGCUACUAUCACGGUUCAGCAACAAUUCAGAGCCACACAACUGAUGAGGAGAGAACGUUCCGAAUUUCUCCGUUUGAAAAAAGCCAGUGAAUGCAUUCAACGCUACUAUCGUGCCACGGCGUUGAUGCGGUUGCACCGACUUGCGUUCUUAAAGCAAAAAUAUGCGGCAAAGGUCCUGCAGGAGCGAUAUCGAGCACAAAUGCAAAUGAGAGAAUGUAGGACUGAAUAUAUGUCUUUGAAGCGAGCUGCAAUCACAAUACAACGACGUUUCCGUGCUACACGAUUAAUGAAAAGAGGCCGUGAAGAAUACAUUCGCUUACGAAAUAUUGUCGUAUACAUCCAAUGCCAUUACCGCGCCAAACUUCUGAUGCGCCCGAGACGCUCAGAAUUCCUGGAACUCAAAGCGGCUGCCAUCACCCUCCAGAGUCAUAUUCGGGCUCACUUCCGGAUGAAGCACCAACGAAGACAAUUUUUAUCUCUCAAACAUGCUGUGAUUGACGUCCAACGAAGGUUCCGCGCCCGACGUUCUAUGAAACUCGCUUUAAAUCAGUACACCGAAUGUAAAAUGAAGACAAUUGUGAUACAGAGGUUUAUUCGAAACUAUUACUUGAUGCGAAAUAUCCGCCAAACAUUUGUGCUGCAACGGAACUCGACCAUUAAAAUUCAAAGGUGGUGGCGAAGCUCAGUAAUCCAGCGGCAAGAGCGAGCCACAUACCUGAAAACUAUAAAGGCUGUUCACACAAUUCAGAUUCGCUGGCGUGCAACUUUGCAGAUGCGAAUUAUUCGUCGGAAAUAUGUUGAGAUUAGAAGGUGCAUCGUGCGAAUACAAACCCUCUACCGCUCAUAUCUACUGAUGAAAUCAAUUCGAACAAAUUAUAUUCUCUUGAGGCAGGCAGCCGUUGCAACUCAGCGCAGGUUCCGUGCAAAACAGAAAGCUAUAGAACAUCGCUCCCAUUUCCUGGUCAUGAAAUCAGCUGCAGUCAGGAUUCAACAAUGGUUCCGAUCCAUUCGUAUAACGAAAAUUGUCCGAGAACACUAUUUACAACUCCGCCAAACGACAAUUUUCAUUCAACAAAAAUAUAGAGCUCGUAAUUUGGCUCGAGUGCAACAUGAAGCCUACAAAGAAAUUCGACACGUUACUCUGAAUUUACAGUGUCGUAUUCGCGGUGUGUUGGCGCGAAAACGCUUCAACGAUUUGUUGACGCCAGAACGACGUGAGGCAAUUCGUAGAAGGAAAGCUGCCCGGGUUAUACAAAAAUUCUGGAGAGGAUAUGUAGUACGUAAACGGUGGCAUAGUGCCCAGUUUCAGUUGAUGCGAAAACGAAUUAGGGAAUUGAAGUUGACAUCGAAGCCGGCAAAUACGGUCCGGCAACAGAUUAUCAGUUCAAUACAGAUGUUGAAGCGAAGAUACUCGAUAACGGAGCUGUUAUCGAUCCUGAUUCGUUUAGAAAACCUGUCACGUGUCGUUCCACACACCCUCAAAGACCAUGCCGUAUUCAUAGCAUCAUUUUCAUAUGGCAUUAUGGCUCAGGCAAAUCGCUCGGAGCCCGAUAAACAAGUGAUUGAAUUAUGUAGCCGAAUUAUUCUAAAUUUUGCACGAUAUGGAGGGACGAAAGAGGAUGUCUUCCAGGAGUCAGGUCUCGUGACAAUAGCACAAAUGCUUCUACGAUGGAGCGAUAAAGACUGCCCUAUUUUUAAUACGCUGUGCACACUAGUUUGGGUUUUUAUUCAUUCUGAAGAGAAGAAAAAGGUAAUUUACAAUUUCAUGACAACUCGAGAGUCUGCAUUUAUGGUGCGUGAGACGAAAAAGCUCGUUUUACGCAAGAAAAAAAUGUUAAUGCAUUCCAGAAAACUCAAUCAUAACCACCAACAACAAUCAAAUUCUCCGAAGAAUUCACGUAAUAAUUUGCCACAAUUAGAUUCAGAUUUUGGCGUAGCUAGAAAGUCGCCUUAUAUUUUUAAUUGUCCUGUUUUUGCACUAGAUACGGUGUUGUCACUUUUAAAUAUUACCGUCUAGUGUCUGGUUCCGGUUUUAUUAUUAUAGUUGUACGUGUUGGAAGUAAGCAUAAACCUAAACUUUUUUCCAUUAUUUUUUAAUCUUAGUAGUUUUUAAAAUAUGAAGCAAUAGAUGAAUUUACUUUGAUAUUAGGAUAGAGUUUUGUAUCUUAAUAUUAUAAAUGUUUGACUCGGAACCCAUUAGCAUUUGUAAUCAAACAAAAAAUAUUGUUGAAAAUAAAAUAAUCUCAAACAUAA